UAAAGUGGUCGCGUGCUUGCAAGCUCAGUCACUCUGUCCCGUGGAGGCACCGAUCCUUGCAGCCGCCCCGCGAAAAACAACGCGACUCAGCCGAGACACCAGCCCCCUGGCCCUCCGUCGCUGCGCACGAGAUUAAAAGGAUCAUGUCGUCGCUACGAGUCGCCGUUCUCAUCGCCGCGGUCCUGGUGGUGCUGAUCGACUGGUCCUCGGCGCUUCCAACCGCCGAUAAAGAUCGACUCUUGAACGAGGUAGACCUGGUGGACGACGACGGCAGCAUGGAGACGGCCCUGAUCAAUUACCUGUUCACGAGAUCGCAGAUCGUGAAACGGCUCCGCAGCCAGCUGGACAACGGCGAGCUGCAGCGCAAACGCAGCUACUGGAAGCAGUGCGCGUUCAACGCGGUCUCCUGCUUCGGCAAAUAGACCGCCACCCCCAUAGGACACGGCAAAAGCUUCCUAUCUCUCUCUCUUUUCCCUCUGAACUCUCCGUCUGUCCCUCCCCCGGCCCGGCCAGCCAGCUUCCGACGUCCGUUUCCGGCCGACUUGCAUCGCGACUCCCCCGGUCGAUUUGUUUUCGUUCUUUAACCUGUUUACCGACCGACUUUCUUGUCGCUUGAAAGCUCGUUGACAUCUCGCUGCGAAAUCGCAGAGAGUAACGAUGCCGGAAGUGAAUUGCGUUGCGAAAAACGGUGGAUUUUAUGUUGCGAUAGAGAAACGGGUUGUUAAGAUCCUUAACCAGUUAAGUGUGGAGUUUAGUUUGAAAAAUUCAUUGCGCGCGAUGAAAUCGAAUGAAGCGUAUACUUGUUAAAUGCAGGCGAGAUGCACUUGAAAUGUAUCCUAAAACACUAAAGUGAAACGGAGAAGAAUUACAUGUUUGUCUUGGAAAAUAAAUAAUCCAUCGUUGAACAAGUUGGCACCGUUAAGCGCCAGUACUCGUCGAACACAGUUAACACUUUGACUGCACGUCACCCGAAUUCGGGUGACAUAUUUUACAGAAACGUGGACAUUUCUUUCGUGACGUAUCGAACGAACCGAAUUUUGUUGGACAUAUGAGAUGUAAGAAAGAUAAUGGAGCAAUUAUUAAGAAGAAUCUUGAUUUCCCAGUUUCUGGUUGAUAGAGAAAACCGUUUCGAGUACAUGGGAGUUUUGAUAAGUGUUUACGUGGCAGUCAAUGUGUUAACUGAUUGAGGGGAGGUGUGUUUGCUCGAGUUCUGUUUUGUUGAGUUACUUCGAGAAAUGAUUGUUUUAGAGAUCCAUUGUUUCGAUCGCUAGAUUUGUUAUCGUGCUGACGGAAGGCAAUUGAUGCUCGGAUAUCGAGGAAUUCGGAUCGAUAGCUUGAAAUUUGAUGAUGAAAGUAUGAAAUCAAUUCAGUGAAUCGACUUUGAGAAAUGCUUGUUUUAGAGAUCCAUUGUUUCGAUCGCUAGAUUUGUUAUCGUGCUGACGGAAGGCAAUUGAUGCUCGGAUAUCGAGGAAUUCGGAUCGAUAGCUUGAAAUUUGAUGAUGAAGAUAUGGAAUUAUUUCAGUGAAUCGACUUCGAGAAACGCUUGUUUUAGAGAUCUAUUGUUUCGAUCACUUGUUAUCGUGCUGACGGAAGGCAAUUGAUGCUCGGAUAUUGUAGAAUUCGGAUCGAUAGCUUCAAAUUUGCAGAUGAAAGUAUGAAAUGAAUUCAGUGAAUCGACUUUGGUAGUUUUUGGAAAUAAAGGUGAAGUUUCACGUUGAAGACGGUGAUAAGAAGGUUGAGUGAGUCGUCGGUGAACAGGUUAACGAAUUUUGUAGGACACCCGAUCGCUAGUCUCGUUAAGUUCCAACGACGGUUUGUUUCACGAUUGCAGGAUCUUUGUAGAGGUUUCUGCGAAUUAGAUAUUUCCUCGUCUGCGUCCAAUUUAUCCUUCGGCUAGAUUCCCGUCCUUCCGUUCGCGUGCCCGAGAAUUCUGUCAGAACGCCCGCGAAACCGCAAAUCCGAUAGAAUUGAGAUGUACAACGCGAUAAAUCGUACAGGAUCGUUUUCGCGCGUUACCCUCGCGAAAGAUCACGCGAGCAAGUCGAUAGAGGAAGUAAUAUCGAUAUUAAUCCGCUCUAUUUUCCGAAACACAAGCUUCGACUUCUAGAAACGCGACGAUUUGCCCGUGAUCGAUCGAGGAAAACGAUCCUACCGAGCUUCGUCACGGAAGUUCAAACAUAUCUGAGUUAAUUGUGUCCAUAUCGGUGAACAUACUCAAGAGAUCACACUAUAAGAAAAUUCAUCUUACAAAACUCUGUGUGUUGUUGAAUUAUUUAGUCACCCUUGUCGAUGGAGAACCUUCGAGCCAAUGGAGAAAGCAUUUCUCCCUGGAAAGACUUAGAGAAACGCGACAUUCAAAGACA